AUGGGCCCUCCUAGCGACGACGUAUCGCGUGGUCAACGUGUUAAGAAAGGCUCCAUCAACAAGCUAGAUAUCAGUCACCCUGAACCUCUGGAAACCCUGAACGAGGGCGAGGUUGCUGCUCUUGACACGGAGAUUCUUGAGCGAGCCCGUCUUCAGGGAAAUUUUGACCUCUUUGCUGACCUAGCUCUCGACGAAUUCCCUACUGUACGAAGAGGUUAUGUCGAUGGCCUGCGUGCUAACCGAGCCCGCUACUAUCCUGGUGACCCGGAGGCGGGUGACAGCUCAUUGCUGAGCGGCCACAAGCAACGACACACAGUAAACUCGAGGCACAGCUACGCGGGCGGGAACCCGCAGUCUACAGUGGCCGUUUCCCGCGCUCAGUCGACUUCUAAGGCCGCCGCGGGCGCUCAAGGCGAUGCCCAAGAGGCCAAACUUCCCAGCUCUUCCUAUAAACGACUCCAUAAAGGGAGUGAUGCCCUUAGCUCGCAUUCCGUAGAGGCUCCUCUCGUCGCUCACGGGGCCGGUAUUGCCAUGAACGAGAAGGGGUCCGGUGAUGGACCCAAGAUCCACAAUGCCGAUAGUUUAACUCAUCGUAUUUCCCGAAAGCCGGUCGGCGGAGGUCCCCAGGCUAGCGGGUUGGCCAGCGCGCUCCCGGAAGCCCAUCAACUAUUGGGAGCCAGCGUCUCCUCGAGUCAUGACCACCAUCGUCCGAUGAUCUUCAUCGGCAGAGGUGCGAAUAAUGGGUCCGGGCAGAACGUUGGUAAUCAAACUGAGCCUGACAAGGGCAUUGCUUUCCGCCUGGAUGAGAUUCUUGGCUCUCCCCACGUUGAGCCAUCGGCAACUCGAGUCGUAGGCCAGUUCAAGGCCUCGUCCAAUGCUAACACUGAAACCCACAAACAGCAUAUGCAUGGCCCAUCUAAGAACGAGGGUGUCAAGGAGUACAGCCCUAGCACUACGGACGAUAGUGAAGAUCUGAGCAACUCCAGUGACGCUACCGUCAUCGUACGCAGGCUCGGGUCCGACGAAGAGGGCCCCGCUGAGCCGGCCAAAGCUCCAUUUUCCUCCCUGAGUGAAGCUAGCCAAGAGUCCAACGGGGUUCCAAGGUUGCCACAGGCCCGGGCGAAGUCUCGAUUGAAGUGGCUACGCCUGUCGCGGUCGUCGCUCGUAGCCGUCCUCAAGACCAAGUUGGUGGUUCAUCCGGCGCCAGCGCCAGUGCCCCCGAGCCACCACGCCACGGAGCUUCUCCUCCUCGGCGCCUCAUUUUCAGGCGUGGCCCUUCACCGCCGCGAUAUGGCACAAUCUCACUUCUACAGCUGGCUCUUCGCUCUUAUCGUCGGUGCCGCCGCCGUCGCCGUGGGGUUCAUCACACUGCAAAAGCCGCUUUUGGCACUCUCGGACGAUGAAUCCGUGUACUGCUAUGAGGGGAUCCGAACGCACGAUGACUCUUUGCCAGUUGCAAGUUGCUUUGGAGUAGUCGACGGAAAGUUUCAAAACGUUGUGGCCAGCGGUGGAGAGAGCGGGAGUCCAUCUCCAUCGCACGUACGAGUGGGAUAUGUUGUUCCCGGUCUGUGGGAUGGACAUGGCCAUUUGAUGCAGUACGGAGAGUUCCUGCACUCCGUGGACCUCUUCGGCUCCCAGAGCUUUGAAGAGAAAGAUCUUGGUGCUUCUAGCCUGAGUGAUCUGUACAUAAUGUUCGAUCGUGUCGAUGUUCACUGCACAUGGGUUUCACAGGCUGUGCUAGAUCUUCUUCCGAAGGAUAUCAAAGAUGUUCCUGGCGGCGAGAUUAUUCGAGAGCCCGGAAUGGGUGUAUUCUGUGACAACGCCAUGGAGAUGAUCUAUGACCUAUUCCCCACCCCUGGCAAGGAGAAAAACGCGAAAUACCCCGACACGCUUGAGGUCUUUGAGGAGAUGGCAGGGGAAGAUGAUUGGACCGUUCGGGUGUAUUCCAUGGCCGAAUGCCCGGAGCGCAACACCUUCUGCCCUACCAAAGUCAGAAAAGUUGACCGUCCCGAUGGUCGGUUAACCAUAAGAAGUGUAAAGCUCUUCGCUGAUGGUGCUUUGGGGAGCUGGGGAAGCGCCAUGUUGGACCCUUAUAGUGACCGGCCCGAGACGUCCGGUUCGCUUCUCGUCAACCGGUCUACAUUAGUGGAUGUAGCCAGGUCGUGGGCUCUACAGGGUUUCCAGGUGAAUAUCCACGCAAUCGGAGACCUGGCUAAUCGAAACGCUGUCGAUGCUCUGGAAGAGUCCCUCAAAGCCAUAUGCCCCGAUGGUACCGAGCUUGCCCAGUGCCAGGCAAAUGGCCGCUUCCGUGUCGAGCAUUCUCAAAUCAUUCAUCCUGACGAUCAAGCGAGAAUGAGAACUCUCCGUUUAAUUCCUUCAAUUCAGCCAACACACGCGACCUCAGACAUGAAGUACGCAGAGGAUAGGUUAGGACCGGAACGGACGGCGACGGAAGCAUAUCGCAUGCGGUCAAUCAUAGACCUGAACCCGAUCCUGGGCAACGCAGCCCCAUACGGGGCUCGGGGCUGGGGGAGUUCCGAAGGGUGGCACAUGGAAGAGGCGUUGACUCUUGACCAAGCUUUGCAAGGUUUCACCACCAAUGUGGCAUACGGCGGAUUCAUGGAAGGAAAGGCGGGAGUUAUCAAGGAAGGGGCCUUCGCAGACUGGAUCGUUCUUGAUGCACCGAUUGAGAUGAUGGAGGUGGCUGAGUUUCAGCAUCUUCAGGUCAAGGAGACUUGGGUUGGUGGCAAGUUGGUCUACAAACGGCCAGAGAUGGAUUUCCAAGCGCUAAAACGUCGCACAACCGACCUCCUCCACUCGAUUCCCCAGUCCCUCCCGCAACCGAACCUAUCGUCCAAGCCGACAAUCGCAACUUUAAAGGGCACCUGGGAAAAGGUCGAGCUCCCUCCCCUGCCCCGCUCCUCUCACACCGUCAAUGUCGUCUCCGGCUCCGCUUAUAUCUUUGGCGGCGAGGCCAGGCCCCGCCAGGCCGUAAACAAUGACGUCCACGUCGUAAACCUGCCACUUAGCCUAAGCGCGUCGGCGGAUUCUUAUCCCGUAAAGGCCGCUACUCUUCAAAAGCCCGGCGGCGAUGCGGACGACAAAGGCCUCACGGAAGUUCCUUUGAGCAGCAGCGAGGGGAGCCCCGCGGUAGCCGAGCCAUUAGACCAGGCUGAUACUAGUAAUGAGGCGGCGAAGCCAGCUUCAGACCUAGGAGAUGUUCCUCCAGCCCGCCUCGGCCAUGCUAGCGCCCAGUCGAUCGCCCCCGAAACUUCGCUCAUGUCCGCCAGGAUAAGUCAGAAACUUGGCAUGACUGGGCCGUGGGCGACAGCGCAAGGAGUUUGGAGCGAGCUUCCGAGUCCUCCCGGCCCCGCUAGGGCUGGUUCGUCUAUAUGUGUAACCAAGGGCAAGAUCUUCCGCUUCGGUGGCUUUGACGGCAGGGAGGAGCUCGGCGGCCAAGUGGACGUUUUGCGACUGGCCUCUGAUUCCUUCAACGAUGCUGUAUCCAAGGGCGAGGUCGCUGUGACCGCCAGAGUCCACAUUCAUGGACGAGACUACCUGCUACUUCUCAUGGGCGAGGAAACGCCCGGUGACAGCGGCAACGGCAGCCCCGGCACUUUCCUGUCCGACGCUUGGGUCUUCAAUAUCCCAAGCCCUAACGGCGGAUCCAUCAAAGAUACUGUCUUCAACGUCAUUAGCAGGAAAUCUACUGCAGCCGAAGGCAGGUGGACAAAGAUUACCGCUGAGCCUUACGACGACGACGUCACGGACGAGUUGCCAUCGGCUCGGGGCUGGGUUUCUGCUGCGGCCGUCGAUGAGCUCGAGGAGCCUGCUGUCUUCCUCUGGGGUGGUAUUGGAAAUGGAAAUCAACGUCUUGGCGAUGGCUGGAUCUUGAGGUUGGGGUAA